AUGGCGGGUUUCGCGGCCCCUGGUUAUUACAAGUACCGCCUGUCCGUCUUCUGCCCGUGGACCCGCGAGAUCGAGACCGUGGAGGCCACCGACCCCUACAGCCGCUGCACCGCGGCCAAUGGGGAGCGGACGCUCAUCCUCGACCUGGAUGACCCUCAGCUGGCGCCCCCAGGUUGGCGCGACCACUUCAUGCCGGCCAUCGGGGCUUGGACCGACGUUAGCGUCUACGAGCUGCACAUACGCGACUUCAGCGCAACCGACGCCUCCGUCCCCGAGGCGCUCCGCGGCAAGUACCGCGCCUUCUGCCCGGCCCGCACGCGCCCCGGCGGCGCGGGCGACGCGGCGGAGGGUGCUGCCACCGCCAGCGAGGACUGGGAGCCUGUGCCUGGGCGGCUGACGGCCGGGCAGGCGCACCUGGCGGCGCUGCGGGGGGCGGGGCUGAGUCACCUGCACCUGCUGCCGUCGUACGACUACGGCAGCGUGCCUGAGCGGGCGGAGGAGCAGCUCGCGGUCAAGGAGGAUCUGUCCCGCUACCCGCCCGACGGCGAGGAGCAGCAGGCCGCGGUGGCCGCGGUGGCCGACCAGGACGCAUUCAAUUGGGGAUACGACCCGGUGCACUAUGGUGUUCCCGAGGGCUCCUACAGCUCUCAGCCCGACGGCCCGCAGAGGGUCCUCGAGUACAGGGAGAUGGUGCAGUCCCUCCACGCCCUGGGCCUGCGCGUGGUGGCUGACGUGGUGUACAACCACACCUUCGCCAGCGGCCCCCACAACACCCACAGCGUGCUGGACAAGGUCGUGCCGGGUUACUACCACAGGUGA